AUGCUAACAAUGUUACAAUUAAGAGGAUUGGAAUUCGAUCCAAAAUCAAAUUAUAAACCAUUAAUGUCUGUAAAGUCUCUCAGUGGUAUUUGUUGUAAAUGGGAAGAUUUUAAUAGUAUUCUUUCUCUAUUUCCUCAAUUACAUCGACUAAGUUUAUCUCUUUAUACUUAUCGUGAAAAUCCAAGAUGGGCAUCGAUUAAACCAUUAAAAUUACCUCUUAAUAAUUUUUUUGUAAAAUUUUCAAGUGAAAUGGUUACACCCGAUGAUGAUCCAGCUUUUCAUCUUUUGAUUAAUACGCGUUUACGUCAUUUUAAGUUGGAUGCAUCAAUAUCGAAACAAAAUGAUAGUCUACUACUUAUUGAUAUUUUACCUCAAACAGUUCAACGAAUUGAAAAUGUUAUUGAACAAAAAAUAACUGAAGAGUUGUAUGCUGACAAUAAUCAGAAUAAUCUUGAAGCAUUGGUAGAAGCUCAUCUAACUUGUCAAAAUAUUGCUUGGUGCAUUUCAUACAUGUCAUCUAUUGGCUGGGGAUAUAUUGAUACUGAAAGUUGUCUAUGA